GGCAGGACUCGCUCUCGCAGGUCGACAGAAGGAGAGGCCUCGUGCCUGCAGGCUGGCGCGACUGCGACGGCCUAAAAAAGCCCGUCCUGCCUCGAACCACACUCUCACGUGCUCCGCGGCGUGUUUACUCGUGCGCUAUCAUCAGUUCUCGGCCGACUCCUGCUGCCACACACAGAAAGCCAACGCAUUUCGAGGGCGCGUUUCCCGCAGCUCCCCAAACUACACCCGGCUCUUAUAUGUGUUAUCGUUAUUUCCGCUUAUGAGAAACGGAACCGAAACAAGUUGGAUUUCAGCCGGACCGUUCGGAACGACACGACCAUCAUCAUGAACAUGGCCCACGUAUGCUGGGAGGAAAACUCCAACAUCCAGCGCAUCAAGUACGAAAGGUUGAAUCAAAACGAAGACGCUCUGAGAAUGAAGGACGCGCCUAGAGGAAUUUACCAAUGUUGCGAUUCAAAAGAGCUUAUUCGGCGGCCGCAUUUGCAAGCCCCUUACAGUAUCAGAAAAAAUGUGGUUUUCCGUAUUUACAUGGUAAUUGCAUAUUAAAUCGUAUAUCGUCGGUUCAAAGGCUACACACAGCAAUUUUGAACUGAUAAAAUAUUAGAGAUAGUUGAUUUAAUUGUUUCCUUCUUAUCGCCCGUUUACACGAGUUUACUUUUUCCAAUUUCUACUUGACAACGCUUCUCUAUAAGAAUACUGAUAACAUAAAAGUAAAUCUAGAAGGAUAAAUAUUAUCUCUGUCGUGUUUUUUCCCAGUAAUUUAUUUUAUUGUUUUAAGCCUAAUGAUUCAGGUUUAAUUCUUAGAUAUUGUUAAAUCAUUUAAGAAUAUACAUAUAAAGUGCUUAAUUUUUGGUAAAACAGAAAGUUUAACACCAAGGCACAUACAAUUAAAAUGUGACAAAGAAAUUUAAACUUUUCCACUGCAACUUGCAGUGAAGAUGAUUGUGAAUACGGGACAUUCAAGAAAAGUAAAGUGGCGAGGCAAGAUCCGAUGUCGCAUCGGAUCAUCGAGAAGCGACGCAGGGACAGGAUGAACAACUGUCUCGCGGACCUCAGCAGACUGAUCCCAGCGGAGUACUUGAAGAAGGGGCGCGGUCGCAUAGAGAAAACGGAAAUAAUCGAAAUGGCCAUCAAGCACAUGAAACACCUGCAAGAUCAGGAGAGGGUCGAUCCUGCGGAACAAUACAGGCUGGGUUACCAGGAAUGUAUGUCGGAAGCGAUACGGUUCAUGGUAGAAAUCGAGGGCCACUUUCCGCGAGAGCCCGUGUGCGCGAGGCUUCUGAGCCAUCUGCAGGCCCACUGCGACCAGGGACCCCACACGGGAGCCGCGCCAAUACCCAGGUCGCCUCCGAGUCCCAGGCCUGUGCCCUGCGACUACACCGUGCCCAAGACGGAGCCGGAGAACAGCAACAGCAGCGACGCGUUCGUGGUGGCCACGGCCAGGGCGCAGGAGCCACAGAACGGAGCCUCCUACAAGUACAAAAACAGCAUAAAGCUGCGCUUCAGCCAGGAUGCGAGCGCGCACGAGGUGCCGAAAAGGCAAAGGAUGGAUGAGAGGCACGAGGCACCGGUGCCCGCUGUUUUCGACAGUCACAGCUCGGAUCAUAGUCCCCCUCCGAUGCCGGACCCCAACAGUCGCUCGACCGACGACGACCGGCCACGCAGUCGACCUUCUUCGGACUGCGCAUCGCCCACGGGGGCUCCCCAGACGCGCCACGGGGUUCCCCUUCGGCGCUUUUCCGAUCUACGGACCAGUCCUUUCACCGGAGAUAACUUCGAGGUGCCGCUGUUUGCGCUGCACGCCAAGGGAUCCUACUACGUGCCCCUAACCAUCGACUACAAGACCGUCUUGCCGUUCCUGCGGGGCGGAGACCUGUUGGACGCCACGCCGGCGCCCGCACUGCAUCCCGUCACCAUCAGCGUCAGUUUCCUGUCCCAUUCGAAGCCCCCCAGAUAUAAAUACGAAUGCAACAAUAACUGGCACUAGCGGGUGCGUUUGGUGGAUGGAAAGAAUGUGUGAUAUGUGAUAUCUCGCUUAAAUAAAACGCGCGUGGCUUAUUCGGUACCGGAUUAAUGCAGGAAGAUAAGUACCUGAAGGUAAUCAUAUAAUCCGAGCCCGACUUAUAUACCAUAUAAGUGUAAAGAAAACAAAAUCAAAAAGGACACAAACUAACGGAACUACCUCGUGAUAUUUGAUGUGUGAGUGCGUGGAAUCGACAUGAGAGUGCGAAGUUUACAGUUAUCUAUUUUCUGAUUAAAAUGAAUCACAAAAACUCGAUUUCUGAACCUACCAAGGAAUGUAUUGCAACAGAAAAAAAAUCUACAUUUCACCUAAAAUUAUACAGAAAUCGUUUUUAAAAUUAUUGUUGUGUUAUGAACUGUUUAAAUUAAUACAUGUUGAUAAUGAAAUUA